CACAAAGAAAUGGCGACGGAAGAAAAACAUUUCAAGGUCUUACAUAUAAAUUUCGAGAAGCAUCCAAACAAAUAAACAGACCUACCUUCCUGGGCACGAAAAAAUUUACAGAAUAUAAACCGGCGUUGUUGCUCGGGGAAGAUUGACGGCACGAAGGAUUGAUACCAACAAUAACCCUAAUUGAAUUCGACAGAUUCUCUCGGGCGUCUCCGUCGUCGGUCGGUCUUUGCCAAUUCGGAUUUAGUGAGUGAGGUUUUUAGCCACUUGAUUGGAGCUUUUGGGAUUUGUAUUGGAUUUUCGUCUUUCACCUGCAAGCAUAUAACUUGGAUCAUCGAGUUCUCAAAACUUUGAAGCAUUUGGUUGAAUCGAGUCUAAAUGGCUGACGACUGGGAGGAUGAGCCGAUUCCAGAUCUUCUUGCAAAACCAAUCCUACCAAAGAGUAACUGGGAUGAUGAAGAUUUGGAUGAUGUGAAGGAAUCUUGGGAACAAGAAGAUGAGCCUGCUCCGGCACCUAAAACAGAGCCUCCGCCCCCCGAAAAAACACCUAAGAAGGCUGCAGCAAAACCCGGAGACAAGAAAGAGAAAACUCAUCAACCAGCAAAAGAAACACUUUUGGAUCCUGUAGAAGAAAAACUUCGCCAACAGAGGCUUGUCGAAGAAGCUGAUUUCAAGUCUACUGCCGAAUUGUUUGCGAAGAAGGGUGAUGAGAAGACAAUAGACAAUUUUAUUCCUAAAACUGAAAGUGACUUUGCAGAGUAUGCAGAACUUAUUUCAUAUAAACUUCGUCCGUACGAGAAAAGUUUUCACUACGUUGGAUUGCUCAAGGCUGUAAUGAGGCUGUCUUCGACUUCUUUAAAAGGCGCAGAUGUUAAAGAGCUUGCCUCUUCCAUCACUGCAAUUGCCAACGAAAAGAUCAAGGCAGAAAAAGAAGCUAAUACCGGCAAAAAGAAAGGUGGGAAGAAAAAGCAGCUGCUUGUUGACAAGCCAGACGACGAUGUGGCUAUGGGAACCUAUGAAGAUUAUGACGAUUAUGAUUUUAUGUGAGUUUCCAUCCGCGAUGAUUCGAUUUCCAAAUUUUUGAGUCGCUAGAGUUCACAAAUAUGGAGAAUUUCUGCUGUCCUUCUUCCACAACUCAGAUAUAUGAACUAAAAAUUUUGGUGUGUGGAGUGGAGCAUUGCUAUAUGUCUUCAGCUUCUGCUACUUUACAACCGGGACUUAUUCGACUUUAUUUUUCUACUUUCUUAUUAUUGUCUAUAGCUUUUC